AUGGAUACUGAUCCUGCGCCCAUAAUAGAAACCGCAGAACAAGCGCAGCCGCUCGACGCGCCUGUAGAAUCUCCACUAACCAAAGACGAGUCUGAGGACUUGCCAAAAGAAGAGGAGCACAAAAAUGGCACCAGUGCGAUUAAAGUUGAACACGACGAGGAAGAACUUUCUGGGUCACAAAAAUUGGAAAAUGGGGCCAAGCGCCAGAAAAUGGAGCCUUCGCCGGCAUUGGUAGUGGUGCCCCAUAAGAAACCAGAUCUUUUCUAUAGCCCGCUCAAGACGGGAGUGGUGUACGACGUGAGAAUGAGAUACCAUGCUAAGAUUUUCACUUCUUACUUCGAAUACAUUGACCCUCAUCCGGAGGACCCUCGUCGUAUUUACCGAAUUUACAAGAAGUUGGCCGAGGCGGGCCUCAUUCAGGACAAAUCCCUUUCGGGGUCCGAGGACAUUGGGCCAUUAAUGGUGAAAAUCCCAAUCCGUGAAGCUACCACUGCCGAAAUCUUGGAGGUUCAUACCGAAGAACACUUAAAUUUCAUUGCCUCAACAGAGGCCAUGUCGCGUGACCAAUUGCUAGAGGAAACAGAGAAAGGUGACUCUAUAUAUGUCAACAAUGACCUGUUUCUCCUGGCAAAACUCUCUUGUGGUGGACUGAUUGAAGCGUGUAGAGCUGUUCUUGAGGGACGUGUUAAGAACUCCAUCGCAAUUGUGCGCCCGCCAGGUCAUCAUGCUGAACCAGACACGCCUGGUGGAUUUUGUUUGUUCAGCAAUGUUGCUGUGGCAGCCAAAAACAUGCUCAAGUCAUAUCCUGACUCCUGUCGACGGAUAGUCGUUUUGGAUUGGGAUAUUCACCAUGGCAAUGGAACCCAAAAGGCGUUUUAUGAUAACAAAGAGGUCUUGUACAUUUCUCUACAUCGUUUCGAAAAUGGUAAAUUCUAUCCUGGUACAAAGUAUGGAGGUGCUGACAAGGUGGGUGAGGGUAGCGGUGAGGGCUACUCAGUCAAUAUUCCAUGGCAAGGUGCGGGUGUCGGUGAUGCAGACUAUAUGUAUGCUUUCCACAAAGUCGUCAUACCGAUCAUCAGUGAAUUUGAUCCUGAUCUUGUUAUUGUCAGUGCUGGAUUUGAUGCUGCUGAUGGUGACAUAAUUGGCCAAUGUCACGUCACUCCGGCAGGCUAUGGUCAACUCACGCACAUGUUAAAAGCUAUUGCUAAAGGUAAACUCACCGUUAUUUUAGAGGGAGGUUAUAAUCUCGACUCUAUUAGUAACAGUGCCUUGGGUGUAGCUAAAGUAUUGGUGGGAGAACCCCCUGAGAAUACAAUCAGUCGUCAACCCAGCAUCGAAACAAUUGAAACAGUGAACGAGGUGAUGAAAAUUCAAUCUAGAUACUGGAAGUGUAUGAGACCUGGAAUUGCAUCUCACAUAUUUGAUGACAGUUGUGAUGUCCCUGAAGAACAAACUUUGCCAUUCGCUGAACCCCUCAGAGCGUAUCAAGCGCAGAACCUACUCUCGCGCUAUUCGUUCAUAAACCUUCCUAUCAUUUACAAUUCGAACGAGAAGCAAUCGCUGUUCACAUUAGAUGUCCCUUCGCAUGUCGAGGAUCUUGUUCUAGCGAGCCAAGACAUUUACAACUCCACAUCCAUUAUCAUAUCAAUUCAUGAUCCGCCAGAAGUGUGGGCAAGCAUCAACCCUAUCAACGGAACAAUUGACUGCAACUCCUCGGUGAUUCUACAACAUCCACUCACAAAGUACAUUGACAAAAUUACAAAAGAAUUGGAAAGCGAAGGAUCAACAGAAAACGUUGGAUACAUUGACAUAAAUAUUCCAUCAUAUCUGGAAGCAACUACAAAUGGAACCAAGUCCUCUGCUGACUCCGCCAAGCCUUCCAAUUACAACUCCGCUAUCUUUUCUCAAGAACUAUUGCUUUGGAUUUGGGAUAACUAUAUUUCCUAUUUCUCGGCAGUCAAGAAGGUUGUGUUUGUUGGCUAUGGAGAGGCAUAUCAAGCCAUUGUACAUCUAUAUGCAAAGAGGCUGUCACAAGAAAUCAAAGAUUUAGUGCAAGGAACCGUCGUGUUUGCUAGCAGGUCUAAUCUCAAGGCCUUGGUACCCGUCAUGGAUGAAUCGAUGGUUGAUUGGUACUAUCAAAAUUCUCUAGUGUUUACCAGUUGUAUGAAUCCUUGUUGGGUUGGAACAGGCGGCAAGGGCGAAACAGAGGAUGUAGGCAAACAGCCAAGAAGAAAAUUUGGGCAUGUCAUCAAAGCAGUCGGAGAUGGCUUGUGGGAUGUCACCAACGAAAAGUUUGAUGAAAGUAUCGAGUUUAUAUUGGACAGCAUUGCAGAUUUUCUGGAGUCUGAAUCAUCCUAA